CUGAAUCCAAGUUCUUUUCAGCAUGCAGAUGUGACCCAAGCAAACACACUGGUGACUGUGAGGAAGGUACUGGCAAGUGCUAUUGUCAACCUCGGUUCCAAGGCGAGAACUGCGAUCAAGUGCGCUCCGGGCUACUACGAUCCGCCUGAGUGUAAAAAGUGCGAAUGUACAGUAGGCGGUACCCUGGACGGAACUUGUCUGCCUGAGAAUGGUCAAUGCCCUUGCAAACCUGGAUUUGGCGGAACAUUCUGUGAGACGUGUGAACCUGGCUUUACUAACGUCACAGCUGGUUGCAAAGAAUGCGUUUGCUCAGUGCAGACCGGACUCCGACACACCGCUCGAAUGUUUCGGCAAACGACCUGGGCGCAGUGCGUUUGUAAACAGUCGUUCCAGUGGCACUGCAUUGUGACAAGCUUGCCCAAACUGGGCCUUCUAAAUGGAUUUCGAACUGCACAUUCUGCAAUUGCGACCCCUACGCUGCUCGGACAACGGAAGAUCGCAUAUGUGAUCAACACCUCUGGCCAAUGUAUGUGCAAAGAUGGAUUUGUUGGCGAGAAAUGUGAUCAGUGCGAUAUUGGCUACUAUGGAUAUCCUAAUUGUAAAGAAUGCAAUUGUAUGGGACCUGGUUCCAAGGCCUUGGAAUGUGACGCCACGACUGGCCAAUGCCCGUGUUAUGCCAACUUCACUGCCAGGACGUGUGACAAAUGUGCAGUGGGCUUCUAUGACUACCCAAAUUGUAAAGCGUGCAGCUGUCUUAUCGACGGCGCCAAAGGACAGGCGUGUGACAGCAAGGGGAGAACGAUGUGA